AUGACAGACUUAGAUGAACUAAUCCAAUUGAUGGAAAGAGCCAAUGAGCUAACGAAAGAUCACUGGAGAGAUCCAGCUUCUGUAUUCCCUACAGAUAUAAGGUAUUUGAGGCCAAUGCUGCGUUGUAUCGACAGUUUAAAGUCUAAAAACAGCCUGACAACGGUAUGGUGGCUAGAGGUGUUACUUCAGAAUCCAUUUCCAUUGGAAGUUGAUGAGGAGUGCUUAAGUAAAGUAACAAGAUUUCUUUUGGAGAUGGCAAGGGCAACAAAAACCAGGAGAUCAGCAUUAAGAUGUCUUGGGAUGCUUUCACAAAGGGCAAAUGCAGCAUAUUACUCUACGGAAGAGCCUCGCUUCUAUAUACACAGCAUCGAAGUCCCCGAACUCAUAUACUACGAAUUCCUUGCAAAAUUAUCAAGCUUUGGAAGAAAAGUGGAGAUAGUGCCAAUUGAAAGUGGUGACUCAGUAGUAAUUAAGAAAUUGAAGAUGAAAAUCAUGUCGAACAACCCAACCGAUACUGUCUUGAAGCAUUUUUUUGAAAUGAUAAACGAAAGAGAUUCAAGGCUAGGAUGGACAUUGUGCAAGUCUUUUCUCAAAGUCUCUAAGUAUGCAGAGACGGAUUCGGUUAUUUCUGCCCUUAAGGAAAGAUGCAAUGUGAUAUUUGCGAAUGAAAGUACUUGGAUAAAUGCAAUGACAAUUCUUGGAAUGAUGUCUCUCCAGGGGUGGAACAUAGGAGACGUAUCUGAAAUUGUUUCAAAGGGGAUCGGCUACACGAAUGAAUUGGUCAGUAACUCUGAGAUGGUUCGUGAGUCUGCUUUGUUUCUCCUAUGGGCAUUGACCAGAAAGAGCAAUGCACUAAGAAAAGAUAUUCUUUCUCUAGUGGCAGGGAGGGCUCUAUUUGAUCCCUCACUUUCUUGCAGGAGGGGUGCAUCUGCUAUUGUUCUAGAGCAUAUUGGAAGGUUUCCAGAAGCAGGGAAAGAAGAAAUAAUCUCACUGAUAAACUUUCACUCAGUUAAAAGACUAAAGAAUUGUUCAGAUGCGGUAAAGAGAGUUCUGGAAAUACUGAGGUGUGAAGAUGUGUUCGAGGAAAUACUUCUUGGGAAUCUGUUCCACUGCAAUUUGGAAACCAAGAGGCAGAGUGGUUAUUGCAUUUCCAGAUAUUUCAAAGGUGACGGGGUUGUGGCAAGGAUUGGCUCUACCAAUCUGAAGACGCCUUCAGACUUUGUAAGCAUGUUCAUUGUUGUCCAAGAGUUUAUUAGGAAGAACAGAAGGCACGAGGUAGAAAAAAUCGUGGAAAUGGUUGUAAAGAUGAAGGUGAAUUCUUUUUUUUGUAGGUACAAGGACUUUGAUGUCUUUGUAGAAAACUAUCUGGAAGUCAUCGAAAGCCUUGGAAGUAUAGAAGAUAGAAAUGCCGUCUGUGAGAACUUGUAUAUGUUUCUUACGAAGAAUGUUCUUCCCUUAGAGGUGUCAAGGGUAUCCUGGAGAUUCAUUAGCCAGGAUGAGGGAUUCGCAAACAAAGUUGCUAAAUCGAUUAGGAGAGGGUCGGAGGGAUUUAUUCUUGCAAAUGCAAAGAACGAGAGACAUAAAGAAAGAUUAGAAAGAGAAUAUCUAAAGUUGCUGGAGAACGGGGAUAUUGAUGCAAAGGCGCAUGCCAUGAAAGCCGUCCAACUUUCUGGAGACAUAAAAAAGUACAAGGAUCAUGUCAUUGGUGGACUAGAAAACUACUAUGCCGACUCCCGAGGAGACGUGAGCUUUAAGUUGAGAAGAGAGAGCUUGAUGGCCUCCUUUCUAAUGGAGGAUCAAUCUAUUUCUUCAAAAUAUUUCAUAAGAUACCUUGUAGACAAGUCGAAGAUACUGAGAGAUGAAUGCAUCAUCCUAUGCAGGAACAGCGGUAUCUUUCCCGGAGGAUUUGAGUACAUUUAUAAGAAAGGAUACUCUGUGGAUCCUGAAAAGUUUCUGCCGGUGAUUGGGUUUCUCGAUACCUUCUAUGCUGAAUUCAGAAGAUUAGAAAAGGAAUCGGAGCUUGGAAAUGAUAAGAUACUGUUUAUGGCGUCUCUUGAGGCAUCAAAGUGCCUUGACGUGGAGCAUCAAGAAGAGCUUUUGUGCGGCGUGCUUGGAACGAUCGGAUCAUGCGAUGCAUCCUUGUGGUCGUUUAUUGUAGAAGUAGUGUUCAAGGUCAGGGACAGAUUCAAGAAAUUUAUUACAACGAUGUUUGAUCAAGGCUUCAAGAACUACGAAAGGAUAAUGCAUCCUGCUAUCGAGUUAGUGUGCGAAAUAAUCAAGCUGGAGAUAGGGCAAGAUGACCUGAUAGUGUUUGGAAAAAGCCCAUCGGUUUUGAGCAGGCUGUCCCUUACACUCCAAGAGAAUUCUGUCCCAGCAGGCAUAAGCCAGUCCAUAAAAAGCGCUUUGGAAAGAGUCUCUCAGUUCUCAGACUCGUACCAAGCAAGGCAGGAAAAAAUAGAGAUAUAG